AUGGUUUUCCCAAAAAAUGUAGAUGGAAAGCAAAAGCUUUAUAAAUGCAAGUAUUGUGACAAGGCUUUCAUGAGUUCGCAAGCUCUAGGUGGUCAUCAAAAUGGGCAUAGGAGAGAGCGAGACCUUGUUAACAAAUUGCAUCAAGAUCCAAAUAGUUUCAUUUCUCUCAAAAAUCAAGGGCAAGUUUCCUAUUGUCCUCCAUCCAAUUUGAGCCUCGGUGUUAGUUACUGUCAAAACUAUUACCAUCAUCCUCAACCUUAUCAAUUUAAUAAUAUUAUUAGUCAAGGAGCUAGUGAAGUUAAUGUGGGGCCCUCUUCAAGGAAUUAUAUUACUGGUCCUAGUUUUGGAAACGGGGGUGAAAGCGAUCCAAGAAAUGAGAAGUAUUGGAGAUUAAGAAAUCGCGCAGAGCUUGAUGAAAAUGAGAUUGAUCUUACCCUCCGUCUGUGA